CGCCUUGUUGAAGAAGGUUCUCAUGUUAGCCUGAAGCGUUACCAAAUUGAUUCCACUCGCGUUGACCACGAUCGUGUAGUCAAUGAGAUCCUGCGUUCCAGUGCCGCUCAUAUAACGCGUAAAUUUUGUCUUUAUAUUGAUCUUUUCAUGCCUUUAUCUAUCUCAUCUGACGUUUCAUUAAAGGAGACUAGUAGCUAA